AUGCGACCUUUUACUCCUACGACCAGGAAACUUUCUGGUCCUGCCGCAAAGAGCUCGACGCCCGUCCGCUCCAUCCUCAAGCCCGCGUCUGUCUUGGGCAGGAGAAAAGCCGAGGAUGCUGGCCUCAGCGACCCGAUCGACGCGCCCGAGAGUCCCACCAAACGUCGCAAAGUUUUGUUCGACGAUAUCCGAAACGUGACUGUGACGUACGAGGUUGGAAAGAGGACAAUGGACGAGGUGAAGCUUGAAGUAAGAACUGCCCUCGAGGAGCAUCUCCGAGGCAAUGACGGCCAGUAUGACACGCUCAAGGAACUAUUUGCCACCGAUAAGCAACGAUACCUGCCGCCUGUCAUUGGAGAAGACGACGAUACACUGAAACCACACGAGCUUCAGGUUUACGUUGUGGCCCUCACUGGAUGCGUUCCCAUUCUUAAAGACAAGGCUUGUAACGGUCUUGUCAAGACCAUCCUGAACUGCUCCUGGCUCGGACGCGAUGAUGCCUUCGUCAAAGUUUUCACACAUUUUCUUGCUGCCCUAGUCAGCGCCCAGGGCUCUUAUCUAUCACCCGUUCUGACGAUGAUGGUUGGGAAAUUCACAGACAGUCGGUCCGACGUGUGGAGCGUCCCGGAUUUCCCUGAAGUCAACCGCGAGACAAUGCGCGAUAGGCUGCAUCGCACAUUGCAGUAUCUGCUCCAGAUGUUUCCAUCCGCCCUUCCUGUGCUAGAAUGCCUCCUUGGUUCCAAAUUCCCGUACCAAGAUGGAUCCAAGCGAGUCCACAUGAGCUACGUGAAAAACCUGCUCCGCGUCAAGGAUUACCUGCCAGACUUGCGCGACGAGGUGUUUGAUCUCAUCCUCAACCGAGUGGUAAAAAUUGACUCUCAGAUGCAAGUCGAUCUGGAAGAUGGGGAUGACGAAAUCACUGCAGCCGUUAUGUACGCACUAGAAAAGCAAGUAUUCACAGGGGACUGGGAGAACGACGACGGCGACGAUAGUGAUACAGAAUCGGUCGAUAGCGACGAUCCUGAUUACGACACAGAGGCCGCCAAGACCAAGUCGAUCACGGAUAAUGUUUCCAAGAUGGAUGCCAUCCUUGACACACUUUUCGAAGUGUAUACGCCUCACUUUGACAACCCGGGCUCUGACGUAGCUUUCGACACGUUCACUAUCUUGCUUCGAGAGUUCGAGUACAUGGUGUUGCCCACCUACAAGUCUCGACACACGCAGUUCCUUAUCUUCCAUUUCGCCCAGAUGCAUGACCGCCUAACAGAUGCGUUCUGCGGUCAGCUUAUCACCACUGCUUUCAAGAGCAACACAGCCAAUUCCACUAAACAGGCAGCCGCAUCCUAUCUUGCCAGCUUUGUGGCCCGUGGCGCCCGACUUCCCGGCAGCUUGAUUCGCAGUAUAUUUGGACUCCUUCUCCAUCACCUGGACAUUUACCGCAAGAAAUACGAACCCCUUUGUCGUGGACCAGACCUGAGGCGAUUCCAUCCCUACUACAGCCUCGUCCAGGCGACACUCUACAUCUUCUGCUUCCGCUGGCAAGAUCUUAUUGUCGUGGCGCCAGAAUCCGCAGAUCCUGAAGACCCUGCAUCUUACAUUGGCCAGGAGAUGGAGUGGAUGGGAACAUGCAGGAGAGAUUUAUCUGCGCAAAUCUUUGGCAAACUCAACCCGCUAAAGGUCUGCGCACCCAGCAUCGUUGAGGAAUUUGCCAGAAUAGCGCACCGUCUCAAUUUCAUGUAUAUCUAUCCUCUGAUCGAAAGCAACAAGCGUAUCCGCCUGUCGCAAUACUUGACAGCGACUUAUUCAACAGGAGGAGCUCUUCGAGACGCUGGGUACGACAUGCAAGAUGAGAGCUUCCACCAGCUGGACCCUUACUUCCCGUUCGAUCCAUACCAGCUGCCAAUCAGUAAACGGUGGCUCGAGAACGACUAUGUGGAAUGGAAGUCGAUAACAGGACUGAACGCGGAAGACGAGGACAGCGACGAUGCAGAUGAUGAGGACGAGCUCGACGAGGAAGAGUUUGAAGACAAAACCUCGACAGACAGCGACGGCGAUGACUACGAGUAA